CUAAUUUUGUACUUGACGGACCAUGUGAAGAAUUGUUGAAGCGCGUAUCACUCCGCUUUUUUCGAAUCUUUUCAUCUUCAAGGAAUGAUCCUUUUUUACUGUUCAUUGAUGUCGCGGCUUGCACGGUACACCUGCAUCAGUAGUCAAAAGCCUACAUAACCCCAAUGUAUGAUAUGUUGGGUAGCCUCCUGCAAACUGAAGUAGCACGGCGAGUUGGAGAGGGCACACUCAACCAUCACGGGCUUGGAUUGAAUCAUUUGCCUGCAGAUCCUGAGCCUACUCAGAAGUUCGACAGAAUGAGCCCAAGCGCUUCGUCACUGCCCCGCGCGCCUUACGGAACAUGGAAAUCGCCCAUCAACGCCAAACUGAUUUCUGAAGCGGAUCUCAGUGUUGAGGAUCUACUAGUCGACGAUAUAACCCGGAAUCUAUAUGUUCUGGAAUCGAGACCAUCAGAAGGCGGAAGAAAUGCCAUCGUUUCAGCAACCGACAACCAGGAUAUAUAUGGGGCGAGCUGGAAUGCCCGCUCUCGAAUUCACGAGUACGGUGGAGCCCCUGCUCUGGCGUACGAUGGACGAGUCUAUUUCUCGAACAUUAUGGACGGCAGGGUGUACGAAGUUGACGCCACUAAAAGGUCCAUACCAACUGCAGUGACGCCAGAGAACCCGAGUUACCGCUACGGUGAUUUCACGUUGCACCCCAAAGACAAAAAAUGGCUUGUAUCCAUUCUUGAAGACCAUAUCGUCGACAAUGCCACAGGCAUCAAAACGUCCCUUAUCGCCAUCAACACGCUGACACAAGAGUUCAAGAUAAUUGUUAGCGGUGCCGACUUCUACAGCAGUCCGCGUUUUAGCCCGGAUGGUCGUUUUAUCGUCUGGAAAGAAUGGAAUUUUCCCUACAUGCCAAUUCAAGCGAGCAACCUUAUGUUGGCACCUUUCUCUAUCCCCGAUGACCCGGACGCAUUUCCAUCUGUUGGAGCCGCAGUUCUAGUGUCUGGUGGGAACGGAAAGAUAAACGCAGAGCCAACAUGGACUCCUGCGAAUGAACUUGUCUUCACGACGGACAAGGAUGGUUAUUUGAAUCCAUGGAUACUACGCGGUGUUUCUGGUGCCGCUCCUAAGCCAGAGCCUCUGUCGUGCGUUGUCAUACAAGAAGAAUUCGGAGAGCCCUCGUGGUUCCUCGGGCUUUCUAGUUUCGCCAUGUACGAUGAGCGCCGUGUCCUGUUCUCGUCAUUCCGCAGUGGGAGGUCCCAGCUUCAUCUUGCCAACCUCGAUACGGGGGUGUUCCUCCCGGUUGAGACUCCUUUUGUCCUUAUACAACACGUUCGCAACUUGGGAGAUGGCAAGGUCGUCUUUGUUGGGAAAAAGGCCGAUGAUAACUUCGGCGUCAUUGAGUUCAGCUGGUCUGAGCAAGAUCACAAACCCGUAUACAGAGUGCUGCGGGAGAAAACUGAUCUGCCCUUCCCGAAGGAACUCAUCUCACUACCAGAACCGGUCGAGUUGCAAGUUCUUCCUGAAGCGAGGACGACUCAUGUUAUCUUGUACCUCCCUAAGAAUCCUGACUACUUAGGUGGUCUACUAGGCGAACUACCACCUGCUAUCUUUAACCUUCACGGAGGGCCAAACUCAAUGCUGGACCAGGCGCUCGAUUGGACCAAGCAAUACUAUUCAUCUCGUGGAUGGGCAUGGAUCGAUCUCAACUAUAACGGAUCGACGGGGUACGGCCGAGAUUACAUGGAUCGUUUGCAGGGACAAUGGGGUGUAGUUGACGUUAGGGACUCUGUUGAAGCCCUGAGAGAGCUAGGUAAGCGUGGACUGAUCGACGUCAAACGGUCGGCUAUUCGUGGUCGCAGCGGCGGAGGCUUUACGACCCUGCAGACGUUGUCUACGACAACCGAUAGCUUUCAAGCUGGAACGGCGUGGUUUCCCGCGUCAGAUCUCAUUGCAUUGCAUGUAAACUGCCACAAGUUCCAGUCGCAGCAUAUUCCUGGGCUUGUUGGAGCGCCGCUGGAAGAGGAUUCAGCUCUGUGGAAGAAGCGUUCACCGUUCUAUCAAGCAAAUCAGAUCAAGGCGCCAGUGCUGAUCAUGCAAGGGGCUAUUGACCGCAUCGUUCCACCCAAGCAGACACGGGACAUGGCUAAAACUAUAGAAGCUAAUGGCGGAUUAGUGAAAUAUAUCGAGUUCGAAGGCGAGGGACAUGGGUGGAGGAAAGCUGACAGCAUCAGAAGAUCAACUGAAGAAGAGCUGGCAUUCUACCAGGAACGGUUCGGACUGACAGAAGCGCCCUGAGGGU